UCUUUGAAAAGCAGAUCGAAAAAUUCAUCUCUGCUUCAAUCAUGUGCUUUUACCUUGGCCACCAUUAUCGCUUGGUGCUGGAGGAUUUUCUGCUCUUAUGCUCUUCAGUGGCCCUCAACUUCAUCGCAUUGCUGGUAUAGUGGUUCAUGCUCUCCGACUCAGACCCCUCAUAAAGCGCACGUUCUCCCACAGUUGUGAGUAAAAGCGGUCUGCCUUCGAGAACGGAGAGAACGACGGCGCACUACCCAUUAUCAAACCAAAGCAUGCUCUACAGCAGCAGCGUGAUGUUGGUUGAGCUGAGUUGAGAAUUUUAGGAUGGAGCAGCCGAUCCGAAUGAUGCGCGAUGCUUCGCGAGGAUGAAGGCGAAUGCCGCGCGAAGUUGAAUGCAAGCUGGAAGAAACGGGAGCCCAGCUCAGUACGUUCGUGAUCUUUGAAACGCCGAGACGCGACCCGUCGUGUGUUUGUCGGUCGGUGCUUUCGAAACGGUUCUAGACCAGACCAUAGGAGUGGAUUCCUUUGCUCGGAUUCGCGCGGGUGGCAAACCUCUAGUUCGCACUAUAAAGGACAUCCGAAAUUUCGGUCAGCGAACGGCGACGACGGUUAUUAUCGGGUCGUGUUCCCAUGCCGUGUGCGGCAGAAGAAACCAGCUGAACAAGGAUUAGCUGAGAAAACGGCUUCCGUGAGAAGUAACAAGAAGCGAAAAUAGCAAUAAUUUAUAGCUGUUCGGGCGAUUAAGGACACCGCGUCGAACCAAGUAGGACCAAAAGUUUUUGUGUCCUACCCCUUUCCCAUAUGAAUGGGCUACAUGCGGUGCUGGGUGACUAGAAUGAUGAUUAUACCACAGUGCUGCGGCUGAAGGCAAAGCUGAUGAUGACAAUGAUAAUGAUUAUGACGGCUGUCUAGAGUGUGUCAGUGAGUGUACGUUGGGGGAGGUAUUGAUAUCGCCUCCCAGGACGACCAGGACAACGUCGCAUCGUGACUGCCGGAAGCAAGAGCCGGAAGUGACAGAGAAAAGUGAGGUGAUAUUAGGAAUGAAAAUUGCUACGUUCAAUCGGGCUUUAUGUAAUCGGAUGGUGGAAAGAGAGCGUGUGUGAUCAGAGUGUAAAGUGCUUACCGAUUACUCAAUAAUGAUUAUCGAAAGCAUUGUGGAAGAAAAGUGGAAAUGCUGAUGAAUGGUAAAAUACCUUUUGGGAAACCGUUCGCGAUGCUGAGUGAUAUUAAUUGAAGGGCGCCCGUUGGUGCCAACGGAAAGUGAUUUUAAGUGAUCCUCGGAGCAACCACGGAGAAUCGUGUGCAAGCAGCGUAGUCCAGCGACGCGACAAGAGCGUGAUAAAAGUGUUUAUUUUAAUCCAGUGGGUUGGCUGAAGUUUGGCGGGUGCUAUCCUUUAAUUGAGUACUCAAGUGAGUUCAUUUAAAAUUCAUGGAAUAAAUUAUGCGAUAUUUCGCUUUUAUAUGAAAAACCGCGGUUUAUCGUCAUUUGUGCUCGUGUUGCCUCUUCGUUGGUGGCCGUGGUGUCGUGCUUGUUCUGUUUGAUAUCAGCGGUUAUCAUAGAUGAAAAUUGAUGCUCUGAUCCAUCUGCUGCCGUUGCCGUCGCUGUUGUUGCUGUUAUUUCCAGUGAGGCUGUUGCAUCGUGAAAUUACACAAAACUUCCUGACCCAUCGAAACACAACCUCGUGGAGCGGAAAACAGCGACAUAGGAUGAUAAAACAAUGUGUCUGAUGUUGACACUCUAUCUGCAGAAGCACCAACCGAAGUGAAGAUCCUAUAUGUUUGGUUCCGGAGAAUCCCAACAAAAUGUGUCCGUUGUGCGAUGAAUAAAACCCCAAAAAGCGACCGACAGUCGGUGGAUUGAAUGGAAAUUCGUCGUCGUAUUUCUAGGCGCAAGCAAGUGGAUUAAAGAAAAUGAAGCUAUAAAUUUGAUAUUCCAGCAUUGAUAGCGAAAUGCGAAGGCAAACACAAACAUUGCUAGUGGAAAGCGAGAAAAUGUGAAAAGAUGUGUUUAUGUUUAUGAUUGAUCCAAUUUUUCCUUCUGCUUGACGGCGAAUCUGACACGUGAUGACAUUUUGUCAGCAACCUGAAUGUUGCCGGGGAAAACUACCGUUGCGGGAAACAUCCCCGAGCGCGCACGGUAGGCUAUGUGCCAUGCCACUGUUCGACGGAGCACGUCGAAGGAACCGUACUGGUGCGAAAAGAACAGUGAGUGAUUCAAGUAGUAAUGGUGGCGAUAAAGUGCUAAAUAAACCAAAGCUCACCUCGUCUGGCGGUGGAAAAACGGAAAUGGCAAAACGAACAGCAGUGUUGUUGACAGUGGUUACCCUGGUGACGGCAUUUCCAGCCAGCAACGGAAGCUAUGCCGACACGGAAGAUUUGAUCAACGAGCUCGACAGACCAAUUCCCAUUACCAUGGUGAGUGGUGUGCUCGGCAAGCAGGCCAGCCUUCCGUGCGACAUCCGACCGUUGGAGCGAGACGAUGCCGUGUACAUGGUGCUGUGGUUCAAGGAAGAGGACAACGAACCGCUUUACAACUUCGACAUCCGAGGCCGCCAGAUUGCCCAAGCACGGUUGUUCUCGUCCGAGAAGUAUUUCGGCAAGCGGGCAUUCUUCCGGGCGACGAGCCAUCCGGCACAGCUGCUAGUGGACGACCUGAAACUCACCGACGAAGGAGUUUACCGGUGCCGGGUGGAUUUUCGCAACUCGCCCACCCGGAAUGUUAAAAUUAACUUCACAGUAGUAGUUCCGCCGGAUCGGCCCGUUAUCUACGACGCCAGGCGACGGGAGAAGACCAACACUGUUGAACCGUACAGCGAAGGCAGCGAUAUACAGCUGGUCUGUGAGGUGAAAGGAGGGCGACCCCGACCGAAUGUGACAUGGUACCUGGACAACAUGGUGAUAGACGAGUCGUUCGAAACGCGACCGGACGGUACGACCGUCAACCAUCUCUCAUAUCCGAACAUUGGGCGGCAACAUCUGGACGCUCGAUUGAUGUGCGUGGCAAGCAACACCAAUCUGACGCCUCCGAAUAACAAGGUUGUGGUGCUGGACGUUAAUCUGAAACCGGUGGCCGUGCACAUCAUGGUGAAGGAGAAAUUUGUGUCUGCUGACAAGCAUUACGACAUCGAAUGCAAAAGCUCAGGCUCCCGACCGGCGGCAACCAUCACCUGGCACAAAGGAGGAGAUAAAAUUGUUAAAUCCAGCAAAAAUUUCGCAGAAACCGGUAAUCAAUCGCUGAGCGUCCUAUCUUUCACACCAAAGGUGGAUGACGACGGGAAAUACCUGACCUGCCGGGCGGAAAAUACCCUCAUUCCCAACAGUGGCAUCGAAGACAAAUGGAGGCUCGUGGUGCAUUACACGCCAAUUGUUACGCUAAAAAUGGGAUCAUCGUUAAACCCAGACGACAUCAAGGAGGGCGAUGAUAUAUACUUCGACUGCCACAUACAGUCGAAUCCGAAACCGUACAAACUGGCGUGGUAUCAUAACGGUAAUGAACUACACCACAAUGUCACAGCCGGAAUCAUUCUAUCAGACCACUCGCUAGCUUUGCAAGGUGUUUCACGAAAUCUGGCAGGAGAAUACACCUGUAAGGCAGCCAACACAGAAGGUCGGGGGACCAGCAACCAAGUCGAACUGCGUGUCCGGUAUGCACCCGUUUGCGCAACGGACCGUGAAGAACUGCUCGGUGCACUCAAGCACGAAACACUGCAGCUCAAGUGCGAGGUGGAUGCAUCUCCCCCGGCAGAGUCCUUUCAUUGGACGUUCAACUCAUCCGGCGAGCAAACAGAGCUACCGGCCCGGCUUCAUUCCAGCGAGACCGGCUUAUCACGGCUUAAUUACACACCGACGUCGGACCUUGACUACGGAACGAUAUCCUGCUGGGGCCGAAAUGCCAUCGGAGUACAAAAAACGCCCUGUGUAUUUCAAGUGGUAGCAGCAGGGCGACCUUUUGCACUUCAAAACUGCACGAUAUCCAACCAAUCUUCCGACUCGCUACACAUCGAAUGUAUCGAAGGAUUCGAUGGGGGCCUGCCGCAAAUGUUUCUUCUGGAACUGGUAGAAGUGCCCGCCCUCAAACUAGUCAGGAAUCUUAGUUUACAGCAUCCUCCGGUGCAAUUUUUCUUAGAUAAUCUAGAGCCGGGCACCUCGUACCGUAUCAUCCUGUUUGCGGCAAAUGCAAAAGGUCGUUCCGAACCGGUGAUAGUAGAUGAUAUCACCUUCAAGGGAGUGGCCAAGUAUACUGGUGUAUCCAACGUUAUGAAUGUUCCUUUAUCGCCAGUAUUAGCCGCAUUAACACUUACGGUAGCGAUUCUGUUUGCCGUAGUCUGCAUCGUGCUGGUCACCAUCUAUCGACGACAUGCUAGCAAGAAUUCGUCCAAGAAGCUAAAGUCUGCCAAAAACGCACAUCUCACCUCGACCCCGAUAGACUGCCAAAUUGAUUCAUCUGCACACCAUCAUCACCAUCACCAUCAUCAGACACAUGACCCCAACGGUAUUCAGACGCCGCUGGUGGACGGAAGCGGGACUCUCGGGCGAAGGAGCCCACAAAUGCCGGGUGAACCACCGGAUGGGGAUGAAACCGAUCCUGACGUUAUACCCAAUCAAUACGAGCGACGGCCACCCAAAACCACUCUUCCGACGCCGUUGUUCCGGAGUCCUUCAGCACGUCUUAUUCACCGGAAUGGCGGUGAGCACCUGCUCCACGAAGAGGAGCGCCAUUGUGAUGGAUCCAGUCUGGCUUCGCUGACCGGAUCAAACAAUGAAGUACAUCAUUAUUCGUUUAAGCCUAGCAAACAAAUUAGUUAUGCGACCCUCGGUCGAGCAAACAAUAGUAGCAGUUCGGUGCAAUCGACGCUAAGUCCCCUCAGUCAUCAGCCUUCGUCCACGAGUACAACGCUGCCACUGCCAUCGAUUGUGGGUGGCGUCGGCGUCGGAGUGAGCAACCUCCUUAGCAGCCCGGCGUCCCAAUCGCUCGUCACGUCCACACUCAAUGAGUACCGGUUUCGACCGGAAGUGGUUACGACAUCCAACCGAAUACAGGAAAGUUGUAUAUAAUAUUUUAUAAGGUGUAUAGUCGUACUUUGCUAGAUGUUUGCGGCACUCGUGGAUGCGUUCUUCCUCCCUUUAGGUUUGCGGAUUCAUUUUUCCAUUUGUGUCGUGAGGAUGACAGUGGGAAUUGUACGCUUGAGCGGAAAUAGCGGAUAUUGAACGAACGUGUAUCUGAAGCAUGCUAAAGGUGGUAUAAGCAAAUAAUACUCGAAUUUUAUUUUAAGUAGACCUGUACAAGGAAAUGAAGCUAUUGAAUUAUUGUGUACAAAACGGUUUUAGAAACAUGUCCUGGCGAAUCUCAAGUGGGUGAACGGAGGUGCAAGUGAAACUUAUGAAGUUUUAUCGAGAAUUUUUAUUAGUAAAUUUUUCCUACAGAGCGGUGACCGACCUUUGUAAACUAUUAGAAACUAGUACAGUAUUAGAGAGAAAGAUUGAUUUUGAAGUUCCAAUUAUCUGACUGUUUUCCCGGAAUAGUAAACUUCUUCUAAAUACCUGCGCUGAGAAGGAAACAAUUCUAGACUUGAACAAAACACGAAACGAAAAAAAUGGUUUGAGAAAUUGCGUUACUGACUGGACAAUAACCGCACACUACUGGAAAAGAAACACGGAGAACCCAAGACAUAAAAAGUAGGUCUUGAGUAUAUGUGAACGAAUACAAUGAGCAAAGGACGUACGACUGAAUCAUAUCGUUUUUCUCAUGGGUUAUCAGAUUUCCCAUAGUGGCUCAUUGAGCACAAAUGAAAAAAAAAAUAAGAUGGAAAAACUACCACCAAAAACUAUUUUAAGCCGCAGAAGCGAGGUAGAAUAUCAAGCAAUUCCGAUAGGCAUCCAGAAUCUCUUAUAGAUAGUGUUGGUUUUACAGCAAUGACUGCGUCAAAGAAGUAAUGUGUGCUAUCGACUAUUUAGUGAACAGAAAAUGCUAGGAUAAUUUUGUAAAACAAAGGCGAACACGACACAAACGAAUAUAUUGGUAAUGUGAAUGUAACGAAUGAUGGUGUCAAGAAAAUCGUGAACUCCAUAUAAAAAGUCAACAGACGGAUGUCGGUUGACUAAAUAAACAAAUUUUACCAAA